AUGCGAACAACUCCGAACAUAGUCAUUACAGGGACGCCUGGUGUAGGUAAAACUGUUCACUGUGCGCAGCUAGCCGAGGAGACUGGUUUGCGACAUCUUUCGAUCAAUGAGAUCGCGAAAGACCGGGGCUGUUACGACACUUACGACCAGGAAUUGCAAACCUGGGUUGUUGACGAAGACAAACUUCUGGAUGCUGUCGAAGAGGAACUGCUGAGAGGUGGCUACUUGAUUGAUUGGCAUGCCUGUGAUCUUUUCCCCAAGUCCUGGGUUGAUCUCGUGGUGGUUCUACGUUGCCCAUCCACGUCCAUUCUAUACGACCGUCUAACAUCGAGGGGCUACAAGCAAGCGAAGCUGCAAGAAAACCUGGAUGCGGAAAUAUUCGGUGUUCUUCUCGAGGAAGCCCGCGAAUCAUUCGACGAAGAGAUUGUGGUUGAGUUAAAUAGUGAAAAGGAUGACGAUGUAGAAUCCAAUUGCGCACGAAUCUCUGGCUGGAUAGAGUCCUGGAAGAGCAGCCAGGCACUAAAUACAGACUGA